GCCAGUGUCACAAUUUUGCUUUCCUCGUGGACAAAUUUGUUCUUUAAAAAAUUCCUUUCUUUAAAUUGAGUGUUUUUAUAACAAAAUAUGGAUGAAAAUGAAGAUGAUAUGUCAGAAAGUAAUGAAGAUUCAAAUGUGGGAAGUAAUGAAAAACCCAUGCACUUAUGCUUGGGUGCUUUUACUGAUAGACAGAUACCUACCAUCAGAGGCCCUUUUUCUGCAGCUUCAACCAAAAGGAAAAUAAAAAAGAUGCGGGAUUUGGCUGAAGAACUCAGCAUUCAUGCGAAAGUUCAAACCAUCUUAUGCUAUGUAGCACCGAACAAAAAAAUUCCAACCAGAUUUUUAGAAUCUUUUGGAGAACAUGCUGAUGGGUUCUUGUAUUCCACAAAGCUGUGAGAAAAAGUUUACUCGACAUUAGAUACAGCUACUAAAACAUGGAUUGGACCUUAUUCUGGGAAAAAACCUGAAAAGAAACAUGUUACUAAGAAAACCAUGGAUUCAGUCAUUGAUGAAAAUGACAAAAAUACAACAGAAAUUGCAAGAAAUGAAGUUGCAAUUGCUGUAAAAAAGGCAGCUACAGUGAAAAGGCUGAAAUUGCUGGAAGAACAGAGAAAAAAGAAGAAUGAGAAGUUAGCAUCUGUGAAACCCAAAAAGCCGGUGAACAAAAAAUCAAAUCCAAUUCAAGGUCCAGUUACUUGUUCUCCCCCUCCAAAUUUGAUUGCGAAAAGCUCUGCAUGUUUACCAUCAGCACCAAAUAAUGUCACAUCAUCCCAGUCUUACACCCCACAGAAAAUUUGUUCGUCCAAUCUUUCAGUCAGUUUAGUAAAGGACCGAAUCAAUGAAGAUCCCAUUCACGGACAAGAUUCAAUUUGUGAAACGCCUAUUACUAAAAUCACAACUUCCGAAGAAAUUUCCCUUGUCUCCAUAGUAACUGACGAUGAAAAUUUGGCAAACGAUAACCCACUAUCUUUGUUAGAAAACCCUCUAGACAUAUUUGAAUUUUCUGAGGAUGAAGCAAUGGCACUUGACUCUCUAAGUCAACCGAAAAUUGUUUCCCCAGUGAGAUCUACGAAUUCCCUCGUGCCUUCUUUAAAGGCAAAUACGCACUCAAAUAUCAACUGUGAUAUUUCUACCAAAUUUUCAUUUCCUGCUAAGAGUUUACUCAAGUCAGUUGAGAAAACGAAGGAUUCGCCUAGCGAGACACGUCGUACCAAACAGAAACCAACUUGCCAAUCAGAAAGUUCGGAAGGUAUUAAUGGAGGUUUACCUUUAGAGAAAUCUAGAUCUAAAAAUAAAGCAUUUUCUGCUGUUGCCGCUGCUAGAAAGCGCAAAUACCCUGAAAAUGGGGAAAAUACCAAUCAAUCUCUUACUACCAGCUGUGCCAUACUCUCUCAUUGUACAUCAGAAAAAGAAACGGAAACUGUUCAAAGUGCACCUGUAAAGAAAAAAAUUAAACAUACCAGUUGUUCCAUACUUUCAUACUUAUGUACACCAGAAAAAGGAAGGAAAACAUCUGUUAAUGCACCUUUAAAGAAAAACCAACUACCCAGAGAUGACAGCUGCUCUCCUCCAUCAAGUACACAGAAAAAGUGAAUAUUUGUGUCGGAUGAAUAUUGUCGUCAUUGCGCAACGUGUUUUUUAAAUUAAUGUAUUGUAAUCUUGAAACGAAAUAAAAUCUUUGUGUCAUUUA